CCCGCCCCAUUCCUUCUCUCCUCUGCCUCCUCCAAACCCCAAACCCUAACCCUAAUCUCCGAUUGAUCAUCAUCCAUGGAGAAGGGUUUGAUCUCAGUCGACCGGUGGGGCCAGGAGAGCCAAGCCUACUUCCUCACCCACCUCCACGCCGACCACACCAAGGGCCUCUCCCCGCAAUGGUGCCGCGGCCCCCUCUUCUGCUCCCCGAUCUCCGCGCACCUCCUCCCCUCCAAGUUUCCCGGGUUCGAUCCCUCAUUGAUUAGGGUUCUCGACGUCGGAUCCACCCAGUGCCUCUCGCUUCACUCCCACACCGCUGGAUCGCAGGUCCGUGUAGUCGUCACUACCAUCGAUGCCCAUCAUUGCCCCGGUGCGGUGAUGUAUUUGUUUCGUGGGGAGUUUGGAUGUGUGCUGUACACUGGAGACUUUCGCUGGGAAUUGAGGUCAAAGAGGGCAAUGAUGGGAAAGAAGACGCUUCUUGAAGCUCUUCAAGGAGAUAAAGUGGAUGCUCUUUACUUGGACAAUACAUAUUGCCAUCCUUCAUUCUCAUUUCCUCCUCGUGAGGUUGUUGCCGAGCAGGUGGUUGAUAUCAUUACCAGGCACCCUAACCAUGAUGUUAUUAUCGGCAUAGAUACACUUGGAAAAGAAGAUCUACUGUUACAUAUCUCACAGGCCCUUGGAACAAAGAUUUGGGUGUGGCCAGAGCGGUUACAAAUAAUGCAUCUUCUAGGGUUUGACGACAUUUUCACCACGAAUUCAAAUCUCACAAGAGUCCGUGCCGUUCCACGUUACAGCUUCACAUUUGAUACACUGGAGUCACUAAACACAAUACAUCCGACAAUCGGCAUCAUGCCCUCUGGCCUUCCUUGGGAUUCGAAAAUCUUCAAUAAUGAUGAUAAGCUGCAUCAAUAUGCUUAUCCUGUUCUGUACUCUGAACACUCAUGCUUCAGCGAGCUACAGGAGUUUAUGAAGUUAGUCCAGCCAUCGAUCGUCACUGGAAUCGUGUCCUCAUCCUUUUGUUACAUAAACCCACGCCACUAUUUUAGCCGUCUCAACAACUUCAACUAUGAGAAGGCUGAGAGCUUAAAAGGCAACAGAAAUAAAUCAUUGCUAAGGCGGACAGGUUCAAAUAGGCUGAAGGUUAGAAAAGAAGGGAAAUUCAAGAUUGCAGGAUUAAGUUUUCACAGGGGCAGAGUGGCCAUCAUGAGGAAGGAAAGGCGGGGGGCUAAGAUUGCUGAAACAGAUGCACUGUGCACUUCUAAAUUGAAUGUGAAGAUGGGGUAAGCUGCAGCGGCAAGACUACCUUGUAUAUGAGAAGAAUGUAGAUUCUCAUAUUGUACAUACUAGCUGAUAUCUUUCAUUCAAUGCAGUGGUUUUAGCCGUUGGCAUGUGUUGAGGAUAUACUUUUCUUAACUGAUAUAAAAUUGUGUUUGCAUGCGAUAUGAGGUGAUGGCUAUGAGACUAUGGCUUCCUACAGAUUGUAAUGAUUAUGGCAUUAGAAGGGUGUUGUGUAUGAUACAGAUCUCAAAAAGGUCGACACCGGACAUGUUCUUUCUUCGGGUGAGCCUAAUUUAUCUCCUUCCUUUUCACUUAAAACCACAAGUAUAACUCGCAAAAGAGUAAGUAGAUAAUUUACCAUAAUAUGCUUAAGAAAUUUGAAAGAACUUUCUAUUUAUUCCUUUCUUUUCCCCUCAACUAGGUAAGUAGACCUCAUUGUGUUUUAACAUAUUUUGCAUUUUGACUCACUCAUGUAUUUGCUGUUGUAAUAAUAAUUUAAACUGUGUGUAUAUAUUGCUUUUACAUGCACACGUUGU